UUAAUAUGAGAUACAUUGUGUGAGGAACAUUUGACAUGAGCUGCUUUAAGCACCGAUAUUGUUCACCAAAGUUAAGGUUUAAGCUUGCGUCAGAUGCGUUUGACGGUUGAAACUGCAAAUGGGGGGAUCCCAAACUGUAUAGCUCAAACUAUCAAUCUAUAUCAAUUUCUUUUGUUUUAGCAUGUUCUUGGAUCCUAACUAAUUAAGUCCAACAUGGUAACCUGAUAAAUUAAUAAUUAAAGACUCCUAGUUGUGUUGGUGUAGUUCUACAUUGCUAGAGGUCAAUCAGUCAAUACUCUAGUGUCUAGAACAUAUGUUCGGUAUCGGCACAAGUGUUUUAUAUAGAGAUAAAUAGAUAAGGCAAUACAACAAGACAAUAGAUCAAGGAAGAACGCAUUAACAGUUAAAGUCUCGUGAUUGAUAUCUUAUAGAAAUAUAGAACAAUGGAUGAACUCAAUUCAAAAUUUCAACAAAAUUCGCUGGAUAAUAGCAGUACGAAUUCAGAUGGUACCCAUUCUAAUAAAAGUACCGAUGAACUACUGAAGUCGGGACCUUCAACUUCACGGAAACAUACACCUCCGACAGGACACAAUAGUGAUAAUCCGGAUGACACAUCUGAGAAGAAAAACAUUCUAAGCAGACUUUUCAAAAAGGAAAAAAUUGAACCAAAUGUGAACGAUUUAUCAGCUAGAGAUGAUGCUCUAGCUAAGGUAACAAUAGAUACUCUACCACAGGUGUACGUGGCUAAAUAUCUUGGUUUCCGCUCUUGCAAGGGCCUGUGGGGGGUCCGGCAUACCCGAAAACCCGUCGAAGAGCUGGUGGAAUCAGUAGGAAAGAUAAAACGUGGUGACGAACUUGCCUUGGUGCACAUAGAGAUAAGCAAGACUGGUAUAAACCUUAAGACACACCCAUCAAACAAAAAUACAAAAUUCGAACCAGGAUUUAUCCCCAUUGAAUACAUUUCUUAUGGAGUACAAGAUGUGAAAUUUUCCAGAGUGUUUGCUUUCAUUGUUGUCAGAGAGAUGUCAAAAGACUCAAAGAAAACAGAGUGUCAUGGAUACGUUUGUGAUAGCACGUUAACUGCGCGUAAACUCGCUCUGUCAGUUUCCCUCGCCUUCCAACAGUAUGCCAAGAUCCUAAAAGGAAAACCACAUGGCUUCCACGUUGAUCUAAGAAAAGCUGCGGAAAAAGAGAAAGACGAUGCCAAACAAGAUGAGGAGUGUGAUGCAUAAGAUGCAAACACAGACGUUACCACAUCCAUAAUGCAUAGAUCGCCCAAGGAAACGUAAUCUAUUGAACAUCUCAAAUUCAUCGCCACAUUCAGAUACAUUUACAUUUACAAAAAAAAUUAAAUUAAAUUUACAUUUAGACACAUUUCUUCGAUAUAAUUUAGAAUCAAUACAAAUGUAAACCAUGACAUUUCAUUUCUUCUCAGCCAUUUUUAUAAUGAAACAGAAAAAUGUAAUGAAUACCAGGCUGUUGGCAACGAUAUUGGAAAUUCUGCGUCCAUAAUUUUGUGUCUGAUAUUACCCCUAGAUUCAUUCAGAGCCUAAGAUUUAAAAUCUAGUUAUUCUGGACGAGACGGUACAAAGAUCCCAUCCCAGGGGUACCAUCGAAUAUAGUUUGACAUUGCUUUAUCAAGAGAGCUUCAUCUACAUGUGGUUAUGCUCUGCUUACCCUAUUACAAAGUAAUUUCAUUAUGAAAACAAUGAUGGAUGAUUAUGCAAAAAUGACUGUGGACCAGCAUAAAUCAUGACUUAUUAUCUGGGGAGCAAAGGCUUUAAGCAUUUCAAAGAUACAAGACCGCGGUUUACGUAGCUUGAAAAAGAACAUGUACGAAUUGAUGAAAAUAUGUAUUUUGAGUCUAAAUGAUUUUAGUUACUCAGGUAAUUUUGUGGUUUUCUUUUUCCUACCCAAAAUUUUGAAAAUAUAAGGUCCAUUUUUGUUAAUUUGGCCUUUAAAUUAUGCCCAAAAAGGCCAUUUUUAGAGG